AUGUUACUUAUGUUAUUCAUUCUUCUUUGUCAAAUAUUUGCGAGUCAAGCUGCUGUUCUUAAUUGUAAUUUUGAAACAGAUUGCAAUGAUUUUUAUUUAUCUGGUUAUUGGGCUAAAACAGACGGUUUCAAUCCUCAACCUAUUGAUCAUGAUCAUACAUUAAAUAUAAAAGCUGGUCAUUAUGUUUACUACAAUGCAGGACCUGGUCAAAGAGGAUUCCGGAUUGAAACUAAAACUUGA